GACAAGCUUAUGUCACGCUGAUCUCUGCUAGAUCUGAGAGUGAGCGAGCGAACAAGACGCCUGCCGCCACAGCACAAGAUGUAGGAAAAUCUUGGCUUCGUACUCCUUUCGGGUGGAUCGGUCCAAAUGGCCUCUCUGCUUCUACGAAGCUCAUCUAUAGGCUAUUACAAUCAAGCGCAUAGACUCCGCAGGCUUUAGCGCGAUGGUAUGACUCGAAUAGGCAAGUAAGCGUGCGGAGAAUCAUGCAUCUAGUCGAUCUCAUUUUGUAGAAGAAGACGUUUCAGACCGAACAAAUCCAAUGGCUCUUUAACUCUCAGAACCGAAUAUCGCCGAUGGACAUUGUUCAUGAGAUUUACAAGACGACGAUGCACGAGUAUAAGAAGGUGAAUGCGUUUUGGUAGAGUGAUCUUUAGUUACACCGACUACAAGGCACUCCAUCAUGGCGACGCAACGAUUAGCUGCAUGGGCCACGAGCCUUCGACCCGAAUCCUUGCCGGAGGGAGUCAAGAACGCAGCCGCGAGAUCGCUGUACAACUAUGUUGGGUGUGCGAUCGGAGGAUCAAAGCAUCCAACAGCGACCAAAGCAUAUGAUGCCAUGACGCCAUUCUUUGGCCAACCCACUUCCACACUUCUUGGACAACGACGCAAGGUCGAUGCUCAACAUGCAGCCCUGAUCAACGGUAUUGCGAGCCAUGUCCACGAUUACGACGAUACACACCUGGAGACCAUCAUUCACCCCACUGGUCCCGUCGCUAGCGCAUUGUUGGCUUUUGUCGAGUACAGACCGAAGUCUACGGCUGGCACGGAGGUACUGUGUGCAUUGGUAGCUGGCAUUGAGGCCGCUUGCAAGCUUGGUCUUUCGGUCUGGCCACACCACUACGAUAUUGGUUGGCAUAUUACUUCUUCCACAGGGAGCAUCGGCGCCGCUGUAGCCGUUGGCAAGAUGCUGGAACUCGACACCGAAGCCAUGGCUCAUGCUAUCGGUAUCGCGGCAGUCCAAUCAACAGGUAUGAGGGAGAUGUUCGGGUCCGAUACAAAGUCUUUCCAUGUCGGCCGAGCCGCUCAGAACGGUCUGCUCGCAGCCAUGCUCGCCUCAAAGGGAUUCACGAGCUCUCUCUCGGCAUUAGAGGCCAAGAGAGGCUGGGCAAACAUCGUCGCUGGAGGUGGGACACCACGACUGGAUCACUACAUUGAUCAACUCGGAUCCAUCUGGGAGAUCGAAAAGAAUGCUUUCAAGCCUUUCCCUUGUGGUAUUGUAUGUCAUCCCGCUAUCGAUGGCUGUAUUCAGCUACACCAUGAGCUCGCCGAGAAAGGUAUCAAGAUCGACGACAUAGUCAAAGUCGAGGAGAAGGUUCACCCAUUGGUCAUAGAGUUGACGUCGAAACGAACACCAUCGGACGGACUCGAAGCCAAAUUUUCAGUCUUUCAUGGUUCCGCCGUCGGUCUGCUCCUGGGCAAAGCUGGGCCAGCACAGUAUGAAGACAGUGUGGUCAGAGACCAAGCGGUCAUCUUCCUUCGGGAUCUUAUCGACGCUCAUUCCGAUGAAACCCUCAUGGCGGACGAGACGUACUUGACGGUCCACCUCAAGGAUGGCUCAACACUCGAGAAACACAUCGAGCACGCCGUCGGAUCACUCGAAGUUCCGAUGACAGACCAACAGCUGAUUGACAAGUUCAUCGAUCAAUGUUCGGCUGUCGUGGGCAGCGACAAAGUCAAGGGUGUAAGCGAUGCUUUAUGGAGAUUGGGAGACAGCGAGGAUGUCAAGCAAAUUCUACAGGGCAUGUGAGACAUUUCGACACUGCUCUUUACAUGAUAUACAUCUCUAGAAUACAUAGAGUGAUUGGCCGGUUCUGACAAUCACGCCGGGGAAGAACCUAUUGCAUAUCUCUUUACGAGGGCUUUCAUGGAAAGCUAUACUCAGGUGCAGCGAG